AUGGAGAAGAUGAGGGAAGCGACGGAUCUAGACGACGUGGAAGACAACGAAGAAGACGAAUCAUGGAAAGAGUGGGGGAGUAAAGCAGCGACGCCUGAGUUCGAUCCGCCGCCGAAUUUCUCCAACAUGGGAUUCGAUCAGCUCCAAGAGGAGAUGGCUAAACGGACUUUUGCACCGGUCGUCGGAUUCGUCAAGCUCCGGUUAGGCGUCCAACGUACUAAGGAUAUGGUGGUGGAGAUUGCUAUGAGAUGGACGAAAGUGCUGAGAACAGGUGGGUUAGGAGUGAGAUUCAUGGCCGUGGAUCGGAGCACGGUGAUGUUCAAUAUGCAAAACGGCAAGGAAGUGACUGAGUUAAGGGAGUUUGUGCUGAGCCAAGAAGAGGCUUAUGAAGUUAAAAUAGGGAAGCAAGAGUUUCGAAGACCUGGAGAUCCUCCACUUGAUGAUGUUUUUGACAAACUUAAAGCAAAGCAGAACAAGGAUGAUGAAGAUGGGAUUAGUGGUAACAAGAACGAUGCUACCAAGGAUGAACUAUAGGUCACGUAGUUCAACUCUUUAGCUGAAUCUUGGUUACAGGUUCUUAACAUGUUUGGUUCAUAGAAAACAAUAAAAAAGGAAACUUGUUUUUAUUUAGGAUGAAUAUGCACUCGUUUAACCUUAUUGCUCAAUGUGGA